UAAUCUUUUGAUCACUUAUUUUAUUCUAUUCUAUUCUAUUCUCCUACAGUGUGGGAUAAUACACACAGUAUAUUAUUAUAGAAUAUUAUAUUAUUAGCAUAAUGUUAAUGCUCAAUUAGGCCUAUUUGGCUUCUGCACUUCUGAGGUCUGAAUGAAAUUCUGCAGCCGGUUGUGCUGUUUUGAGACCAAAUGAUUUGAGCGCGUGAAGAAGUAGCUAAUAGAAGACACUCGGAAUUGGACGGAGACACACGUGGCAGAGAGUGUCUCGCUUAUAGAUAGGCUUACAGAACAUAGAGUGAGCUGACGUUAUUUCCGGCUUAAAUGGGUCUAGGAAUGGGAGAGAUCCGUUUGGGCUAACAGAGUUCAUGACUGCCCGAGUGUCAUAAAUUUUGGAGACGACGCUGAGAGAAAAAGGAAAGCGGCGCACCAUGCGCUGUCAGUCCUGUCAAAACACGGAUGCGGUGAGCACGCGCAGGCUCUGUUUCCGAGGCGUGUCGACGAGCUGACUUUGAAAAUGUGCUCCAAUCCGCUCAAGCAAUUAGCACGUCGUCUGAGAUAACGUUUCUCAACGCCUUAUGCCUCGUCACAUGCAGGAAAGAGUAGUUGGUUCCAGACUCGACUGGUGCCCCUAUUGGAAAGCGAAAAAAGAAAGAGGAAUGGAGGAGCCGCACGAUCCCGCCAGUCGGGACCCGAGUGAAGCGGAUAGUGCGCCUCUGUCCCUGAGCCAGGUCUCCCCACCGCCGCCUCUGCUGCAGCCUGCAUUGCAUCCAACUCACAGGACCACUAACUUUUUUAUAGAUGACAUUCUCCGACCUGACUUUGGCUGCAAGAAGGAUCAGGGAACAGGAGCUAGGGAGCGUCCUAAUGACUCUGACAUGGGCGGGCAGGGUAGGCCCGUGCCGCCCGGAACUCCAUGCCCAGACUCCACCGACAGCGUGUCCUCUUGUACGUCCUCUUCAGUCUCGUCGCCAUCAAGCCAGAGAGAGCCCAAAGCGGACAAAUCAAGUAGAGCUACAACACCAGACCAUGCUAGAGAAUCAGCACCAGGUCCCAAGCUCAGUAGCGGAGAAGCAGCGGGUGGUAAAGACCCUCGCGCUUUACUUUGGCCCGCUUGGGUUUACUGCACCAGAUACUCAGACCGUCCUUCAUCCGGCCCAAGGACCCGCAGACUGAAGAAGAAUAAGAGCCAGGCGGAGAAUAAGCGGCCCAGGACGGCAUUUACGGCUGAACAGCUGCAGCGGCUGAAGGCGGAAUUCCAGCUGAACCGUUACAUCACCGAGCAGCGGCGUCAGACCCUCGCACACGAGCUCAACCUCAAUGAGUCGCAAAUUAAAAUCUGGUUUCAGAACAAACGCGCAAAGAUAAAAAAAUCCAACGGUUACAAAAACUCAUUGGCGCUGCAAUUGAUGGCGCAGGGAUUGUACAACCACUCCACCACCACUAUCCAAGACGACAGUAACUGAAGGAUAGAAAGGUGCAUGAAGCUACACACAAACUGAACAGCAGGACUGCGUUUGGAAAUCGAAGUGUCUGAAGAGAAGUUUGAAAACUCAAGUAACCACUAAUCAGUAUCAUUAUAGCCUACACUUGUAACAUAUACUGUAGGGCUAACAUCUAUAUAUAUAUAUUUUUCGAUCAUGGGGUUAUGUCUAUCUGUGUGUUUUUAUGUCUAUAAUUAUUUCAGUAUCAAUUAUGAGACUAUAUAUCAAUAUAUUAGUCUCAUGCCAAAGAUUUUACCAGAUAAAAAGAUGGCCUACUUGUAAUACUUUGGGAAAAUGUCAUGGAAGAUUGCUGCUUCAGUACAGUCUAUUUCUAUAGGACAGUGGACAUUAUUGAGGAACUAUCCUGACUAUCAGAAUACCAAUUAUAGCCUUCUAUUUGAAAUAUUCAGACCUGUUCUCUCCAAAUAAACACUUUUAUAUACAGGA